GUCACAAUUGCCAACAAACAAUGCAUUGAUUUCUAACUCAGAAGCCAAGGAUUUACAAUCCAAACGAUUCAGCUUCGCAGAACUGAAACCCCUCCAUCUCCCUGCUUCAGUGCUCCUAUAAAACCACACGCGAGCAUCCCCGUCUGAAUACUCUAAGAAGCACCAGCCACAUCGAUCCAUGGCUCCCAAGAUCCCGCUGAAGCUGCUGGUAGAAAGCAAGUCCAAGAAGGUGCUCUUUGCCGAGGCCGGCAAGGAGUUCGUGGACUUCGUGUUCAGCCUCCUGACCCUGCCGAUCGGCGCGGUGGUGAAACUCAUCUCGGCGGGCACCAUGUAUGGCAGCAUCGGGCGCCUGUACCAGAGCGUCGACCACAUCAGUGCCUCGUACCUGCUCCCCAACACGGACAAGGCGGACCUGCUCCAGCCCAAGGUGCUGCACCCGGACGGCCGUGAGCUGCUCCUGCUGCAGGGCGGCGAGGCCGACGGCGCGUCGCCGCUGGCCAAGUUCAAGAUGUACACCUGCCCAGGUAGCUGCGUGACGGUGACAAUGGAGAACAAUGCCGAGUGCCCGAAUUGCAAGCAAGCUAUGACCACAGAGAUGACCUUCGUGCUGCCGUUCGCGGCGCGCGCCACGGCGGCACCGCAGGGGGCGUCGGACGACAGCGGCGGGUACGUGAAGGGGCUGGUGACGUACAUGGUCACCGACGGCCUUGAGGUGACGCCCAUGUCGGCCAUCUCCAGCAUCACGCUGAUCAACAAGUUCAGCGUCGGCAAGGACGUCGAUCUCGCCGAGAAGUUCGUCAGCGUCGGCAUGGACGAGGGGCUGGCCCUUCUGAAGGCGGCGCUGCGCUCCGACACGGUGCUCUCCGACGUCUUCCUCGCGAGGAAGAAGUGA